GAGGUCCUAUUUAGCCUGGGUGAAAUUCGGAGCUUUUUUUCAGGAGGGAAACUUCGUUGGUUUUGUCCCGAGUUAAGAUACGAUUCUUCAGAAAAUCCAAACGUUUCAGAAAACCGUAGGCAUUUGUAUAAUUAUUAAGGGAUCCUGAAGUCAUGUCUGGUAUAGCCUUAAGCCGUCUGGCACAGGAGAGAAAGGCCUGGCGAAAAGACCAUCCCUUUGGCUUUGUGGCUGUGCCAACAAAGAAUCCUGAUGGGACGAUGAAUCUAAUGAACUGGGAGUGCGCCAUUCCUGGCAAGAAAGGGACCCCAUGGGAAGGAGGCUUGUUUAAGCUUCGGAUGCUUUUCAAGGAUGAUUAUCCGUCUUCUCCUCCAAAGUGUAAAUUUGAGCCUCCACUAUUCCAUCCAAACGUGUAUCCUUCUGGCACAGUUUGUCUAUCUAUUUUAGAGGAAGACAAGGACUGGAGGCCAGCAAUCACUAUUAAGCAGAUCUUGUUAGGAAUUCAGGAACUUCUGAAUGAGCCAAAUAUCCAGGAUCCUGCCCAAGCAGAGGCGUAUACAAUUUACUGCCAAAACAGAGUAGAAUAUGAAAAGAGGGUUCGAGCACAAGCCAAAAAAUUUUCUCCUUCAUAAACGUCAAGACCUGUGAACAAAAUGGAAGGAUUUGGUUUGGCAAUUUUUUUUUCUCUCCUUUCUUUCUUUUAAAAUGUACCCCAUGCAUCACUUUGCAGACUCCACUCGCUACAGGACUUAUUUAAAAGCUGAAAUACUUUUUCAGUGCCAUUUACCGUUUGCCACUCAUCUUAAAGGUGAUUUCUUUUUUAAACCAGUUACCUUGUGACAUUCUUUGAGGGGUAUACAUGCUACAUUGCUAAAUACCAGAGUUCAGUCCGAUCAUCAGAUUUUGGAAGACAAGACCUCUCUGGCAAAAUGCUGUUGGGAGGGUGAGGGUAGCUUACUGUAUUUUUUUUUUUUAGUUCUCUAUAGGCGCAAGUGCAACAGCACAAUCUGGGGGUACGACUGUCCCUUUUUUUCUUGUUUUUGGCUCAAUUUGGCUUAAUUUCUUUCACACAGGGUCUAUUCCUUCAGUCUUUGUAUUUUCCAUGGUUUUAAUGAUGUAAAACUUGCUUUUAUUUUAAUAUGUCAGUAUUUCAACUGCUGUAAAAUUAUAACUUUUAUACUUUCUAUGAAUACACUAGUGUCUAUAGAUUACUUUCCAUCUGAUGCAGGCCUUGUAUUCAGCAUGUUGUAAUAUAUAAUAGCAUUUUGCUGCCUUGGCAACUUGAGUAUGUUGUGCUGCAAAAAAGAAAUGGCCUCAUUGAAUCAAAGGCAGACUAGCUUACUUCUGCAUCAGACUUCGUGUUUAUAUGGUGUUUUGUUCGUGUCUAGAGAUAAUAAAACUGUUUAUACAAAGCUGA